GACCCAUCACCAGGCUGAUGCCCGAGUAUAGUCGCCCGAGGCAAUGCUGUCAAUCCUGCCACCCUUAUUCAGUCUCCCUUUCUUCCCUUCUAACCCGACUGUCGUGUCGUCCGUCCCCCGCUCGGUCACACAACCGUGUGCUCUGGCGUACGACCUAGUCUUCUAGCGCUCCAUCAUGUCCAGUACUUGUCGUCCGUUCGACUGCACCUCAUCAUCGGCGUCAGACUCGUCAACCGCCGGUUCCUUCACGCCCUCCUCUACCUACUCUGUCCCAACUACAACUGCAACUACAACUGCAUCCAGCACCACAGCCAGUGCCAGCACCACAAGCAGUAUCAGCCCCACAAGCAGUACCAGCCCUACAAGCAGCAUCAGCACCAGCACCAGCCCCACAACCGGCAUCAGCACCAGCACCAGCACUAGCACUACAGCAAUACCAUCAGCCGCGGUUCAAGCUCCAGAGUCAUCGUCAAGCAGCUCCUCAUCAACUCACACAGGCGCGAUAGUUGGAGGCGUGGUUGGAGGUGUCGUAUUUCUCUCAUGCCUCGCAGUAGGCCUGUUCCUAUACAUGCGCCGUCGUCGGCGCAAGCGCAUCGCACCAUCAUCCGAGUUCAUCAAUUCUCUCAGGCCCGGCGUUACGCCCAUUCUCAUGCUCGAGUCUGGUCCUGCCCAGGUCCCCGAGAAGUCCCAACUCUCCCAUUAUCUCUCGUCACCACCCUACCAACAAGACAACUACUAUGCCAGUCCAUCACCGAGCAGUGUGGGCUGUCCCGACUCAACAAUGUCCACAGAACGUUCCCCUGGGCCUCAAAAAAUGGAAAAACCCUUGGUGCCAAAUCGUUACUCAGCACAACAGGCAGCGGGAAAUUCGCGCAAUGGCCGUGUCGAUUCCGAGGACCGUCGGAGUAGUGAUAGUAGGGAGUGGGAUGGGGACCCUGUCAUCGAAACGCCGCGCCGCACGCGGAGUCGCAGGCCGGAGAGUGCACCAGCGUUUCCCCCGCGGUCUAGUUCUUCCCACCACCGUGAACGGUCACAUCAGCAACAGUUGUUGCCAACCCAAAACUCAUACCCUGGCGUUUCGCCGUUGGCUGUGUCUCAGCCACAGGCAUCCGGGCUCGACCGUUUCACAAAUCCAGAUGAUUUUGCAUCAAGAUCACCUCCCGUUUUACAUCGUGGGAUGUCUUUACGUCCUCAACGCCGUGAGGAUUAUGAACGUGUCUGGGAGGAACGUUGACCGUGAGGACGAUGAGAUACUCCUGAUCUCGAACCGGAACCGAACGACCGUUUGUGAUCCUCAUAUGUGUAUACUUUGUACGGUAUUUAUUUUGCCAAAAGACUCGCUUUGUUGUUGUACAAGU